CUAUCAAUUUCCUUCUUAAUUCUGGAGUCGCAGAUUUGUACCCAAAAUUGUCUGGGACUUUCCAACUGUAAAUUGAAGCUGUUGGUUGAAAUGUUUCAUUUUAUUAGUUGAAAAUGAAAUUUAUGUUGUGAUUUUUCUUUUUUAUAUCUACCAUGUACAUGUUGCAGUGCUAUAAGAAGACGAGACAAUCGUAAAACCUGGUAAUAGUGAUCCCAAAUGGUUUUCGAUAUUGCUGGUGUAAGUGAAGUACUGUAUUUAUUUUAAACACACACUUUGUCUUUUCAAUGGCAAUCUCCUGGUUCAAAAUUGUCAUUUCCAGUGGCAUAAUACACUGUCUCAUUCUGACAGUUUUGUAAAAAACUGCAAUUUUCCAUGUGACAUUAUUAUUACCAUGUUAUCUCUACCAACUCCUCCUUUAGAAAUUGUAUGUAUAACAACCCCUUUUUCUCCUUUUCAACAUAUUCAGCUACAUAAUUUGUUCCACUUUCCAAACCUUACGUUGUUGCGUUCAAUUCUGCAUUCAAGAAAGACAUGUUCUUUGGUAAUUGUCUUCGGCUAGACAGUCUCUGCAACACAUCUCUAGUGAACGAUCCUUUUCCAUUGGAUAUGUCCAGUACAUCCAUUUUCUGCUGAUUUAUAAAAUCACUUCUGAAACUAAUUCCUGAAAUCAUUUCUGCAUGUAACUAGUGUUCAUGAUAAAUUCCGCAUUCUUUCAAAAAUGCAGAUCAAUAAUAUGCUCUCGCGAUUUCACUUUAAUAAGUAUUAUAAAUAUGUACCUGACAUACCAGAGAUGAGUACAUAGAUCUAGUCAGUAUUACUUAUCGAAAUGCGUACUGAUGCGUAUUCAGAUAUGAUAUAUACUAUAUUCAUUUAUGUAUUACAUAAUUCAAUAAUCGAAACAACCGAAACUGUCAGUCGAGAUUCCGGAAAAAAAGUGGCGCGAAAUUUGUAUCUUCUAAUCGUUACAAUUAAAUAAAAUCUGAUGAAACGAUAAACGAUUUUUGAAAAAUUUUUGUACAUUUAUUACAUUUAUUACUAAACUUGGAAAGAUAUUUUAUGAUAUUGGUCAAAUUUUAUUGCACAUUACUUAUGCCAAAAAUGGUUAAAUUUAGUUUUUUAAUCGAGAUUUUAAGUUCAUCAGCAAUAGUUGUACAAAAAUCGAAUUUUUGAAGAUUGUAAAUGGGGCUCUCCUUCUAAAUGAUACGCUACUGUAACACAAUAGCGGUACUUUCUCGAUUUAUGCUGGACCUGGAAAACGAGAAAUUCAACAGCGUAACUUACACAUAAGAUGAAGAACGCAGGUAGUAAUUUAGAAAACGCGUACAAAAUAAAAAAUUCGUCUUUACAUAAACAGUCUUCAUGUGAAGAAAAGGAUGAAAUGAAUACUAAUUGGUGGCUACUUUUUGGACUUAUUGUAAUACUCACAGCAGGAACAAGAUUUUAUAAAGUAACGGAACCACAGCAUGUUUGCUGGGAUGAAACUCAUUUUGGUAAAAUGGGAAGUUGGUAUAUAAACAGAACAUUUUUCUUUGAUGUUCACCCACCCCUUGGAAAGAUGUUAAUAGGAUUAUCUGGGUACUUAACCGGAUAUGAUGGAACAUUUGCUUUUGAGAAGCCAGGAGAUAAAUAUGAGAAUGUUAAAUAUGUUGGUAUGAGACUUUUUUGUACUUUUCUAGGUGCAACUAUAGUGCCUCUGUCGUACUUAAUUGUAUGGGAUUUGACAAAGUCUAUUCAGGCGGCUGCAUUUUCUGCAUUAUUUGUUCUCUUUGAUAUUGGCUUAUUGACAUUAAACCAAUAUAUACUUUUGGAUCCUAUACUAUUAUGUUUCGUGAUGUGUGCAACAUGGGGCAUGGCUCGUAUGGGAUCCCUACGUAAUGAACCAUUCACAUGGAAAUGGUGGGGAUGGCUAACUUUCACAGGAAUUUCGCUUGCAUGCACGAUUAGCGUAAAAUUUGUUGGUCUGUUUGUUGUCCUUCUAGUUGGGCUUUACACAGCUUUUGAAUUAUGGAGAGAAUUAGGAGAUCUUACAAAACCUAUUACUUAUGUUGGCAAGCAUUUGUUGGCACGAUGCAUUUGUCUCGUUCUGCUGCCUAUAGUAUUAUAUAUGUUAUUCUUUUACAUUCAUCUUUCUGUUUUAAAUAAAAGUGGAAGUGGAGAUGGGUUCUACAGCUCUGAAUUUCAGUCCCUGUUAGAAGGAAAUUCUUUAUAUAAUGCAACAAUGCCAAGGCAAUUAGCUUAUGGUGCAACUAUCACUUUGAAGAAUCACCGUACAGGAGGAGGAUAUUUACACUCUCAUUGGCACCUUUAUCCAGAGGGUGUUGGAGCUAGACAACAACAAAUCACUACAUAUUCGCACAAAGAUGACAAUAAUCUGUGGUUAGUAAAACGACUAGAUACUGAUGAUAUUCCAGACGAACCGAUACUCGUUAAACACGGUGAUCUCAUACGAUUAGAGCACGUUAUCACACAUCGUAAUUUACAUUCUCACAAAGAAUACGCACCGCUGUCAAAGAAACAUUAUCAAGUUACAGGAUAUGGCGAGAAUGGCACUGGAGACGCUAACGAUGUAUGGAAAGUAUUAAUAAUGAAUGGUAGAGAUGGCGACGCGAUUGAAACGGUAACGAGCAAAUUGAAGUUUGUACACUAUCUACACCACUGUGUUUUAACAUGCAGCGGAAAGACGUUGCCGAAAUGGGCAUACAGUCAGCAGGAGGUCUCCUGCAAUCCAAAUAUGAGAGAUAAGAAUGCACGGUGGAACAUCGAAGAUAACAACUAUGCAAAAUUGCCGAAUGUUAGUUUCCAAGUUUACGCACCAGGAUUUUUAAAUAGAUUCUUCGAAUCGCAUGCAGUGAUGCUACAAGGAAACUCAGACUUGAAAGUGAAAGAGGGAGAAGUAUCGUCGCGGCCGUGGCAAUGGCCCAUUAAUUACAGAGGUCAAUUCUUCUCGGGAAACAAUCUAAGGAUAUAUUUACUAGGAAAUCCAGUCAUAUGGUGGGGCAAUAUAAUAUUUUUAAUACUUUUCGUCGUUCUGUAUAUUCAUGCUUGUGUACGAGAGAAACGUGGUUGCACAGAUCAACCUGCUAUACUCAUACAGCGAAACAAAAUCUUAUGCGCCGGGAAAUGGUUGUUUCUCGGCUGGGUAUUGCAUUAUGCACCAUUUUGGGCCAUGAACAGAGUUUUAUAUUUUCAUCAUUACUUCCCUGCUUUAUUAUAUAGCUCGAUGCUGACUGGGACAACUCUGAACUAUAUAAUAGAAACUUUAAAUAUUCUGUUUCCAAACAGCAUUGGCCGCGUGAUUUAUCAUACGGUAUUAGUUUUCGUUAUUUCGAGUACCGUGUAUAGUUUCUACUUGUUUUCACCGUUAGCGUAUGGUAUGGUUGGUCUAUCUGCACAAGACCCUGAAAGUCCAAUGCAUUCCUUAAGAUGGAUGGAUACCUGGGAAUUUUAACGAAGUUAGAAACAAUUAGCAACAGUUUUAUAAAUUAAGUUACUCGUGUAUCGCGUUAACAAUUGGGUAAUUAUUUCGACUCUUUUAACUCCUUGCCGUACUAUUUUCUUUACAAUUACAAUAAUUAGAAUCUUUUUGGUCGCAAUAAUUUUUCGGACGAAAAAGAAACUUUAUAUUUAUUGCGUAUUUACACCUACUUGAAUGUUUAAACAUUGGUGACAAGAGAAUAGAAUUUGAUCCUAACAAGGCAAAUUUUUGAAAAUAUAUAUUUUUAUAGCAUUUUUUUACGCUGGAUUUAAAUCCGUAAAAAUUAAUUUUGUAAACAAAAUUUUGGCAUAACAAACUUUUUUUUUAAAGAUUAUCAUAGUGUGAAAUUCAUAUCCUUAUUUCUUCAGUAUAGAGUACAUAUACUGAAAAAAUAUUUCAGCUUGAAAACUUUAUUUUUGUGAAAAUUAUUACAUUUUUUGUGUUGAUGUGUUACAUAAAAUACACCUGUUGAGUACGUUGGACCAUCUUCUUCCUCUAAA